AUGUCUGCUGACCAUAAGGCGGGCCCAUUAAAGCAGCUUCAGGGGCUCAUCUGGAAGCAAGGCUAUGAUAAUGGUGAUAUUAAGGGGCACGUUUAUGAUGACGUAUCACUGGCCCUUGAGCAAUGGCAAUCUGUUGAAGGACAAAAAGUCUAUAUUUACUCUUCUGGUCAAGUCCAAGCACAGAAGCUGCUCUUUGAGGCGGACAGUUAUUCUGCGAUAACAGAGAGUAUUGGCUGCAAACCUGAUGAGAUUCUGUUCCUUACUGAUGUUCUAAAAGAGGCGGAGGCGGCGCGCGCGGCAGGGCAUCACGCGGCGCUGGUGAGCCACGAGGGCAACGCGCCGCUACCCGCCGGCGCCGGUGCCGCCUUCGCCGUGCUGCACAGCCUGGCGCAGCUCGCCUCCAACAAGCGCAAGACCGAAGCACAGGACGAGCUGCCCCCAAAAAUUGCCAAAACUGACAACGAGGGCAAUGCCAAAAGUGAACCAGACGUAGAGCCUGUCGUCUCCGCCAGUGUGGAAAAAUCAGAAAUGGGGAAGAAAAAGUUAUUGGUUCUGCAAAAGAAGUAA